UUUUCCAUUGGGGUUGACACUAAUGACGUUAACCUGGUCACCCUUGAGUUAUACAGAAAAACUGAAUUUGCAUAAAAACUAGGGGGCUUUCCAAUGAUGGCCUCUAUGGGUAUCAUCGUAGGAAUGAGGCCACUCCAGGAUUCCUAAGUUUGCUUCUUCCAGUGUGAAAACAGCUGCUCGGAUCUGUGCGGAGGCUAGAGUGAGGAGUCUGUUGAUGGUUGACGUUUCGUUGUGAAUGCAAGGAAACUGGAUCCAGAAUACAAACCGAUUUUAGGACACUACAUUUGCAGUUGUUAAAUAUCGACAGUGAAACCACUGCGUUGAGAGGAACUACAUGAAAAUACUAGAUUUAGAGUGCAGUCUCGGUUAAGGGCCACAAUUUCCUCAAGUUUGGAGAACAAACACCUGCAAAGGACGCAGGGUGGCGCUGCAGCCUUAGAAGUAAAAGAAACUAAGCAUUCUUCGCUCAUUCAGCAGAAGGAUACUGAGUUAAAGACGCAAGCAGGAGGAGGGGGCUUUCUGAGGCAGUGGCUCUGGGAAAUCCAGGCUUUCCUGGCUCGCCCUCAUUCCCCGAAUCUGCGCGAUAUUGGAAGAUAAGUCAGCGCCAGCGGGAUCUCGAGCUGGAGAGGUUUUACUGGCCGACCUGAAGGCGAUGGAGGCCUGGAGGGGAAAGGUACACGCCCUGAAACAAAGGCAAGUCUUGACAUUCUUUGUUUUGCUGGGCAUAGCUCAGGCUGCUUCGGAGCCUGGGCGCUAUUCGGUGGCCGAGGAAACGGAGAGUGGCUCCGUUGUGGCCAAUGUGUUAAAAGACCUGGGACUGGAGGUAGGAGAAUUGGCUGCGCGGGGGGCCCGGGUCAUUUCCAAAGGGAAAAAAAUAGGUUUGCGGUUGGACAGGCAGACCGGGGAUUUGCUAUUAAGUGAGAAGCUGGACCGGGAGGCAUUGUGCGGCCCCACGGAGCCCUGCGUGCUGCCUUUGCAGGUGCUACUGGAAAACCCCUUGCAGUUUUUUCAGGCUGAGCUGCGCAUUAGGGACGUAAAUGAUCACUCUCCGGUUUUCCUGGACAAGGAAAUCAUUUUGAAAAUCCCAGAAGGUCUGUCUCCCGGAACUACUUUCCUAAUAGAAGGCGCCCAGGACUCAGAUGUAGGAAGUAAUAGUCUCCAAAACUACACCAUCAGCCCCAAUUUCCACUUCCACCUGAAGCUACAAGCGAGUCCCGAUGGCAUGAUGCUGCCGCCGCAGCUGGUGCUGGACAAAGCCCUGGAUCGCGAGGAGGAGCCUGAGAUCAGGUUAAUCCUCACAGCACUGGACGGCGGGACUCCGAUCAGAUCUGGCACCGCCCUGGUCCGCAUUGAAGUCCUAGACAUCAAUGACAAUGCUCCCGAGUUCGUACAGAUGCUCUAUGAGGUGCAAGUGCCAGAGAACAGCCCUGUGGGCUACCAAGUGGCCACUGUCUUCGCAAGGGAUUUAGAUGAUGGAAUCUAUGGAGAAAUAUCUUACGUAUUUUCCCAAGCUUCUGAGGAUGUUCGCAAAACAUUUCAAAUAAAAGAAAAGUCCGGUGAGCUCAUUCUAACACAGAAACUGGAUUUUGAAUUCAUCCAGACUUACACAGUCACUAUUCAGGCCACCGACGGUGGGGGGCUCUCCGGAAGUUGCGUGGUACAUGUCCAGGUGAUGGAUUUGAAUGACAACGCACCAGAGCUGACUAUCUCUACACUCAUUGCUCAGAUCCCAGAAAACUCGGAGGAGACUGUGGUGGCUGUGUUCAGCGUUUCAGAUCCUGACUCUGGAGAUAACGGAAGAAUAGUGUGCUCCAUCCAAGAUGAUGUGCCUUUCUUCCUAAAACCCUCAGUGGAGAACUUCUACACACUCGUGGCAAACGCAGCACUGGACAGGGAGGCCAAAGCCCAGUACACCAUCACCAUCACCGUCUCAGACCUGGGCACGCCCAGGCUGCAGAGCCAGCACAACGUGACAGUGCACGUGUCCGACGUCAACGACAACGCGCCCACCUUCAGCCAGGCCCUGUACACCCUGUUCGUGCUGGAGAACAACAGCCCCGCGCUGCACAUCGGCAGCGUGAGCGCCAGCGACAGGGACGCGGGCGCCAACGCCCAGAUCACCUACUCGCUGCUCACACAAGACCACACAACGCAGCAGCCACAGCUGCCACAGGGGCAGCCGCAGGGGCAGGGACAGGAGCAGGGGCAGGCUCAGCCGCAGGUGGACGUGGGCGCGCUGGUGGCCCUGGACGCGGCGAGCGGGCAGCUGUUCGCGCUGCGCGCGCUCGACUACGAGACCCUGCGCGCCUUCGAGUUCGGCGUGCGCGCGUCGGACGGCGGGUCUCCGGCGCUGAGCGGCGAGGCGCGCGUGCGCGUGGUGCUGCGCGACGCCAACGACCACGCGCCGCGCGUGCUGUACCCGCCGCGCAACGGCUCAGCGGCGGGCGCGUGCCCCGAGCUGGUGCCGCGCGGCGCCGAGGCGGGCUACCUGGUGAGCAAGGUGGUGGCGGUGGACGGCGACUCGGGCCGCAACGCGUGGCUGUCGUACGAGCUGCUGCAGGCCACGGAGCCCGGGCUGUUCGGCGUGUGGGCGCACAGCGGCGAGGUGCGCACGGCGCGGCCUGUGAGCGAGCGCGACGCGCCGCAGCAGCGGCUGCUGGUGCAGGUGCGCGACCACGGCGAGCCGCCGCUCUCGGCCAGCGUGGCGCUGCACGUGCUGCUGGUGGACGGCUUCUCGCAGCCCUACCUGCCGCGGCCCGACGCGCCGGCGGGGAAGGCGGGCUUGGCGGGCUUGGCGGGACUGGCGGGUGUGGGGGGCGAGGCUGGGCAGGCGGAGGCGCUGACGGUGUCGCUGGUGGUGGCGCUGGCGGCGGUGUCUUCUCUGUUCUUGGCGUCUGUGUUGGCGCUGGUGGCCGCGCGGCUGUGUGGGCGUGGCGGUGCUGAGGGUGCUGUGGCGGUGGGGUCUGGGUGUGGGGUGUCUGUGGGCGAGGGCCACUUGUUCCCUGCGGGGGCUGGGUGUGGUGGUGUGGGUCCUCUGGUGGACGUGGGCGGGGCGGGGACGCUGUCUCACAGCUACCAGUAUGAGGUGUGUGUGAGUGGAGGGACUGGGACAGGUGAGUUCAAAUUCACGAAGCCGGUUGUCCCCAACUUACUUGGUCAUGAUCCAGUGAGGGUUAAUGAAGCAAACCCUAGUUUCAGGGAUAGUUUUGAAUAUAAUUAA